AUGGCGACCGAGCUCAAGAUGCGGCAUCCGCCUACAUCCGCCGCGACCGUAUCACCCACACCAAAAAAAGACUACGAGAAGAAGCUCGCAGAAGCCUCCCCAGCGGACGCGCACCCUAGCGGUGUCGCGAAGCAUGGGACCUGGACGCAGGCGAUGCGCAUGCUCCUCUUCUUCGUGUAUUUCAACGGAGGCUGUAUUGCCAUCGCCGUAUCACAGGUCAUCGGUGCGCCGUUGUAUUUCUACAGCAUGGAUCACUUUUAUGCCUGGAUGGCUAUGACAAAGCAGCAGUUUGGCGUCCUGGUCACAACAAUGACGCACUGGUGGGCGCCCGUCAACAUGAGAGUCAGUGGGGACGAGAGCGUGAGGGGACAAUUGAGGCAGACUGAGGAUGGAAGGCUCGAGACGGACUUUCCGGAACGUCUGGUUCUGAUCGCAAACCACCAGAUUUACACCGACUGGGUCUACCUCUGGUGGGUUGCCUACACCAACAAGAUGCACGGCCACCUUUACAUCAUCCUCAAAGAAUCCAUAAAGUACAUACCCGUCCUCGGCACAGGCAUGAUGUUCUAUGGCUUCAUCUUCCUCUCGCGCAAGUGGGCAAAAGAUAAGGAACGCUUCCAAUACCGCCUGCGCAAGCUGAGCUCCUCCCAUCAAGGCCCUAUGUCCGGCUCCUCUUUCCUUGACCCAAUGUGGCUGCUCAUAUUCCCAGAGGGCACCAAUCUGUCCGAUAAUGGGCGGGUAAACAGCAAGAAGUGGGCAGACAAGAACGGCAUCGAAGACUUGCGGCAUGCCAUGCUCCCCCGAAGCACAGGGCUGCUGUUCUGUCUGCAGGAAUUGGAAAAGACAGUCGACUACAUGUACGACUGCACUGUCGCCUACGAAGGCGUUCCCCGUGGCCAAUACGGCCAAGAUCUCUUCACCCUCCGCAGCACCUACUUCGAAGGCCGCCCCCCAAAAUCCGUGAACAUGCACUGGCGCCGUUUCGCCAUCAAAGAUAUCCCCACUCACCACGAGAAAGUCUUCAGCGACUGGCUUCUCGCGCGCUGGCGCGAGAAAGACGAUCUCAUUGAGCACUACCUUGAGCACGGCCGAUUCCCCGCCGACGCGGGGAUCAGUCCUGCGGUCAACGGCGCGAAGCCGCUUAAAGGCGCAGGAUGGAUCGAGACGGAGGUCCGGCCCAAAAAUCCACUUGAGGUUUUCCAGAUCUUGGUUCCGGUCGCGGCGUUCGCACUGGUCAUCAAUGUGAUCUUGAAGUUCUGGAAUCUGAUACUGAGGUUGCUGCAUGUGCGGUGA